UAUAUAAUAAUAAUUAGUCAUAUAUUAUUUUAUAUACAGGCAUAAUUUUAAAUUAUGUGUGUGUGUGUGUGUGUGUGUGUGUGUGUGUGUGUGUGUGUGUGUGUGUGUGUGUGUGUGUGUGUGUACAAAUAAACAGUCCACACGAAGACAUGUUGAUAUAGUGUGGUUACAAGACUGCGUGGCUGCCCCUCUGGUUUAAAAGGCAUGUCGGCCUGCAGUGAGACGUCAUCGCUUCCGCCCUCUCUUCUCCCUCCCCCCGUGUGGUGCGGCUGCACUAUAAUCCAACAUGGAGUAAUCAGAGAUGGGGCUCGUCGGGGCCACCCUCAGCAGCAUCAACGCAUACUUCAACACAAGGAUUUUUCGGAAAUACACUGAAGCACUCCUUAAUAGCCAAACUGUGGAAAAUUAAUCGGGGGAUCUGUCUAUCCAUUGAAAUUGUUGUUUUUACUCCAAGAUCCUCCAACAUCAGCAACUGGUAAGAUCCAUUUGGGGGGAAAAAAGAAACGAAAAACUCAUCAAGACGGAGGCGAAGAGAGGAGAGCGCAAAACAGUCCAACACCGCACAAAAGAGCGACGAGAAGACACUGCUGCAGAUCGAAAUGUGAGGGAUUAUUUGGGAAAGAGUGACAUAAAGAUGACGAACGAAAAGACAGCACCCGUUGUGGGAUUUUUUUGUAGGUGAAACGAGAAAAUGAUUGAAGAAACACACCCAAACGAUGACAGUUACAUUGUGCGCGUCAAAGCGGUGGUCAUGACCCGAGAUGACUCCAGUGGAGGUUGGCUGGCACAGGAAGGCGGAGGGCUCAGCAGGGUGGGUGUCUGUAAGGUGAUGCCUGCUGAGUCGACCGGCUGCAGCGACUUCCUCAUCCAGGGCGAGCGCCUCAAAGACAAGCAGGUGAUCUUGGAAUGUUUUGUGAGGAAGAAUCUGAUCUACACCAAGGCCACGCCCACAUUUCACCACUGGAAGGUCGACAACAAAAAAUGUGGCCUGACGUUCCAGAGCCCCGCAGAUGCCCGUGCCUUUGACAGAGGUGUGCGGAAAGCCUUGGAGGACAUAACAGAGGGUUCCACAACUUCCUCAUCAACGCUCCAGAAUGAAGCUGAACUUGGAGACGAUGAUGUGUUCACAUCCACCAUUGACAGCUCCUCAAACUCAUCUCAGAAGAAGGAACAUGCUGCAAAGCUAGUGGCCACCUCCACUUUCUACGAACCUCACCCACAUCGCUGCAUCCUGCAGUGUCGGCCGCCUGAGCGCUACAAUCUAGAACAGAAGUUCUCCAGGAAUCCCUUCCCCUUUGAGGAUGAGGAAAUAGUCAGAAUCAACCCCCGAGAGCGCUGGCUGAUCACAGGCUACGAAGACUACCGCUAUGCUGCCGUGCCAGACAAGUUCAUCCAGCCAGAUGACUCGGACUUGUAUGUUGACAUCACUAAGAACGAAUCCCUAAAGCACGACUACAACUACCCCUACAUGCCCAGCUCAGACUUCAGCCAGUGCGACCUCAAGAGCCACUGCGGGGCCAGCGAGGGCAUCGUGGUGGCCACCCAGCCACGCUCCUUCAAGCUCAAGGGCAAGCGAAGGAAAGAGGACGGUGAGCGAUCGCGCUGCGUCUACUGCAGGGACAUGUUCAACCAUGAGGAGAACCGGCGCGGGCAGUGCCAUGACGCCCCAGACCCCAUUCGAACCUGCAUCCAUCGGGUCAGCUUUAUGUGGUGCGCUGACAGCAUGCUCUACCACUGCAUGUCCGAUACGGAAGGUGACUACUCGGACCCAUGCUCUUGCGACACCACCGAGGAACGUUUCUGCUUGCGCUGGACAGCUCUGCUGGGUCUGUCGGUGUUGGCACCCUGUUUGUGCUGCUACCCGCCGCUGCACCUGUGCCACCGCUGCGCCGUGGCCUGCGGCUGCUGUGGAGGAAAGCACAAGGCCGUUGUUUGAGCCCCUCCCCUGCCCUCCUCCCAAACAAAUCCUAAACACGCCUCUCACAACGCUAGCACUGAGGAGGGCACGAGCGCAAUAAACAGACAUGGGUUGCUCAUUCAAGCUUUUACACAGCAAAAAAUACAUUUCUUUAUCAGUAUGUACUUGUUUGCAGUAGAAAUAUCUAGACAUCCUUAAACAAGAACACAUUUACUUGACAAUCAACACCGCAUAAGAUGUAGACAUAAGACUUGUGUUUAUAUUCUUAUCCCAUGUGCAAUUUAUUUGACUUGUUUUAAGCAUAAAUCUAACAAAAUGUUAUAAAACGUAUUAAAGUUUAUUCUCAAAAGAAGAAAAGACAAUUUCCCAAUGGGGUAAGAAAAUAAAUCUUAAUUGAAGUCUUAAUAUCAUAUUUUCAAAAUGUUUACUGGAGGUUCAGAUAUUUUAGUGGAACACAAGACAAAAUACUGAUUAAGAAAAUCAUUUUUGCAGUGUACUGUCUUUUACUUUGGUCUGUUCUGGUUCCAGAAAAGAAAGUUGGUGCAUUUAACUGGCUUGAAAAACUUUUUCUUCUCUUUUUUUUUUGUUUUUAUAAAUGUGUGUGUGUGUGUGUGUGUGUGUGUGUGUGUGUGUGUGUGUGUGUGUGUGUGUGUUCUUUUCGCCCCCUUUUAUUAUGGAUGUUUUUCUCAGUUCCUCUUGAAGAAAUUAUUAUUUUUGUCAGGUGGCUCUUGGAGCCUUCAUGUCAUGCAUUACUUAUGCAGGUACUUUAUAUUUUUUACACUGAUUUUACUGUUUCAAGAACUUGAAUCACUUGUUAUUUUAAAGUUGUGUGUGAUUGAUUUCAGUAUCCAUUGUUUUGAUUUUGUUGUUCAUUCACCAUGGCCAGCAAAGGGAGAAAUGAGCUGUUUACUCUUCCCAAACAGGUCUAUAGAUGAGCCGGCAUUUAUCUACCAAGCCCUUUAACCAUUCAGAACAAUAAUAUUGAGUUUAGCUUGAUACACUAAACCUGUAGUUGGGUGGACUGUAGGUUUGAAUGGCAUAGUCGAUUUUUAGUGCGUUUGAGGGCGAGAGUGUGUGGAUGCCUGCGUGUUUUGUAAAUGAUAACAUUGUAUCACAGCAUAGUAUUGUCAUUAUUAUAUUUAAGCCAAUUUUACAUAAGCUGCAUUGAGAGUGUAUGUAAAUACUGUAUACUCAUAUGUAUAUGUUUAAAAUCGAAUUAUUGUAGUCACCUUCAGCGGCCACAUCUGCGCUACACGCAAUGGACUUCUUCCUUGUUGUUGACUUGUUUUGAUGUGAGGGUGACUUUUAAGUUCAAGCACACAGUAUUAAGAUAUCCAAAGAUGAUUUUUGUCAUAUUUAUUUUCGCAGUCAAUUGAAACACCAGCCAAAGGGCGCAAAAAUAGAAAGAAAUUGUUGGACCGUGGGCAAAGAAGCACAGCAACCGAGCCCACACAGCUGACACGGCAAAAAAGAAAUACUUAAACAGUUUUUUUGUCUUGUUUUCGAGUAAAAAUAUCGAAGUAUUCUUAAAACAAGAUUCAUUUUUACAUUUUAAGUUCAGUUGUAUGAGAUAACAAGAAUUGUUUUCAGUCCUAGCCAGUGUUGGGUAAAUUACAGAUUACUAAUUACUUAUCUCAAAUUGUAAUCAGACUACUUUACUUUUACUAUUAAUUAAUGGAAUCACAUUUCAUACAUACACACUAAGUUACUUUCUAAAACAACAAAUUCAAAUAAAGUUUGUAUUAUAAUGUCUAUUCAUGCUUUUCAGCUGUCACAGAAGCGCAAACAGAUGGACAUCUGAACAUAAUUCACAUUUUAAAUGGAUUUCACAUAAUAUUAUUUAGCAAUAUGUGUAAUACAAGUAAUGUACAAUAAAAUAAUUUACUUAAUUGAAAGUAAGUAACUGUAAACUGAUUAUAGGAAUUUAAAGUGUAAUGUGUUAAACUACUUUUUAACUUACAGAUUAAAGAUUAGAUUACAGUAACUAAUUAAUACGCAUACCACGUCAGAUCUCCCUUACUGACAGAUGGCUCAUAACCGGGCUUACACUAUUGGUAAUAUUUUUAUUUUUUGUUUUACGCAUAAAAAGUUAUGCUUAAAACAAGAAAUAAUUGUCAAUGGUGUAUGAAACAUAAUUCAUAUUAAGAUUAUAUUUUUUAUAUAUAUAGGAUAUAUAAGGCAAAAAUACUGAUUAAGAAAUUAUUUUGGCAGUGUAUUUGAUUUCACAUAUUCUAAGGAGGGAAAACACUAAACCGCUAUUUUCUUUUCUUCCCUUACCGACUUCAGUCCUUCUUUGCGAAGGAAAAAACUUAACACAAAAAUAAGCUUGAUUUCAAGGUGCUUUAAAGAGGAAUGUUUGCCAAACCGAUCUCCAGUUUCCAGUUUACAUUACAAUAAUGUUACUUAAAGCCUUAAUUUUGUCUCACGAGAACAAAUUUUGGAAGGACAGUAAAACGAAUCAGUGCAGUUCCUCAAUGAAGAGAAUAUAAUAAAUACAUAUUUUUCUAUCAUAGUAAAAAAACAAAUAACACCCCAGUAUACUGUAUAAGCCAUUAUGUUUAAUAUAAAAGUGCUCUGGUUAUAAUGGAUUUAAAUUGGCAUGGGACAAUCAUAUGUGUCGAGACUGUCUCGAUCACCUCACCCAUCCCUGUGAAGAUGUUCAUGGUUAUCGUUUCACAUUCCCGGAUAGAGGUUUAUGCUUCGUCUGAAUAAAUCAUCAACCGACAAAGCAUAGAUAUUAAAACUGGAUGUGAGCAGUCAAUGAAUGUACAGUAUGUGUGCGUCACAUGCUUGGUCAUGUUAUAUAAAUGCUCAGCCUGAAAUCAGCCACAAAAUCCCAUUCUCCUAAGAAGUGUUCUCAAAUUGCGGUUUAGAUACUCUUAAAAAUAGAAGUUCUUGAAAGGUUCUUUGAAGCAUCUUUGGUUUAGCAAAGAACCGUUUCUUAACAAUAACCAAAGUUUUUAAUUUUUUUGGAGAUCAGAAAAGUUCUGCAGAUCAUUGGUUGUAGGUAUCCUCUUUUAAAGUCAACAUAAAAGCUAAAUUGACCCUGUUUGCUUUCUUAACACACACAGUCUUAUUGUGCACAAUUCAUCAGGAUUAUAAACAACUCUACAACUAUAUUUCUUGGUUUAAAAUAAAAAAUAUUUAGUUAUGUAGUCUCACAUUUUUGCACAACAGUAGAUAAGAUUCUCCUAUGGCAUUUUAAAAACAUUUUGGAACCUUUAUUUUUAACAGUGUAGGGGUGAUGAUGUAUGUUUUAAUUAGUGUGUAGGUGUCUAGCUUAUGGGGAAUGAGUAGAAGCUCCCUGUCGGUUCACUGGAAUAUGUGGUGGAGAGGAACGCAGGGGUCCGUGUAAACCUCCGCAGUGAGGUGUCAGCUGUCACUGUGUCCUUUGUUCACCACGUGUCCUUUCUGUAUCUCAGUCGGUCAGCAUCUGCAAUACUGACAUCAUCCAAGCUUAGAGAAGAGCUGAAUUUUACUUUUCUAUCUGUGGUAAUGGAAAGUUAACCAAAAGCAUUCUGUGUGAACAUCUGUCCUGGUGCGACGUUUGGCUACUACACGCAUUUACCUGUUCAAAAGUGCCUGAAGCAUAUUGUUAAUCGAUCUCCUUGUAUACUAAAAAAAUAAAAUAAAUAUGAAACUGAAAAAAAAAUUAUAUAAAAAUGAAAUAAACCCUAUUGUAUUGAUUAGUUUUGUUUUUUUACAAUCACAUUUUUUACCUCUGUAAAAAGCAAAAAAGUCUAUAUCAAGUGUAUGAUGUACAUUUUUAUUUCUAUUUUUUUUAAUCGUUUCUAACAUGUAUGAUCAAUGUAGCUCUUGCUUUUAAGAAAAGAUGGAAUGAAAAGAAAGUACUUUGUAAAUACCAGUUGAUCAUUUCAGAACUUCAUGGUGGCCUGGCCACCGUGGUGUAGUUCUAGGUUCCAAUAAAAAAGAAAGAAACCAGUUACUGGUCCUACAUUCAU